AUGGCGUCAAGUCAGGAUGCUUGGUAUCUGUCGUUGCUGGGUUUGGCGGAGCAUUUUAGAAGCAUUAAGCCACCGGACAUAAAAUCGUGUGUGCAGUGUCUUCAAGCUGUGUUUAACUUCAAUCCACCGCCUCGUGUAGAGGCCAGGACACAUUUACAGCUCGGCAAUAUACUCCUAAGCCACACCAGGAAUGCAGAUCUCGCCAGAAAGCACCUCGAGAAAGCCUGGGACCUGUCUCAGGCGAUAUCGUCCUUCGACGAUGUCAAGUUCGAGUCGGCCAGCGUUCUGGCGCAGCUGUUCGAGCAGCAGCAGCAGCAGAAGUGGGCCAAAGAGACGCUACGACGUGCCAUCGAGAUUUCGCAGGGCAGCUGCUACUGGCACUGUCGCCUCCUCUUCCAGCUGGCGCAACUGCACGCCAAGGAGAAGGACUUCGUGUCGGCGUGUAGCCUGCUAGGCGUCGGCGUCGAGUUCACGCGUAUCUCGGGCGCCGGCUAUACCCAGAUCCUCUUCCUGCUCAGCAAGGCCAUGCUGCUGCUGGCGGAGCGGAAGCUGAACGAGGCGGCACCGCUGCUGCAGCAGGGCGGCCCGAUGGUGGAGGCUUGGCAGGGCAGCAACCAACAGAAGGAGUACCUCAAGGUAUUUUUCCUGGUGCUGCAGACCUGUUACUACCUAUUGGCUGGCCAAGUCAAGUGCAGCAAGUCGUGGCUGAAGCAGCUGCAGCAGAGUGUGCAGGACAUCUCGCAGUGGGCCGACGAGGACAGCGCGCCACCCUCGGCAAGCACGGGCGACAUGUUCAUGUGGAUGCCGAGGGAGGAGCUCUGCGUGGUGGUGUACCUGGUGACGGUCAUGCACUCGAUGCAGGCGGGCUACAUGGACAAGGCGCAGAAGUACUCGGACAAAGCGCUCACGCAGAUCAACCGGCUGAACGCGACGGCGGACCGGCCGAUCCUGCACACGUUCCAGCUGAUGAUCCUGGAGCACAUUGUGCAGUGCCGUCUGGUGAUGGGUGACAACGCUGGUGCCAUCCAGGAGAUCGCCAGCCUGUGUCACAUCUGCCGUCAGCGGCCGUCGCUGCUCACCGGCCACAGGGCGCAGAUCCACACGGUGCUGGGCCUGUACGCCAUGAGCAUGAACUGCAUGGAGCCGGCCGAAGCCCAGCUGAACGCCGCUCUCCGGACGUCGCAGGAGCGCGAGCUGUGGACGUUCGUCAACAUGAACCUGGCGAUCGUGUACCUGCGCAUGGGUCGGCAGAGCGACUUCCUGGGCCUGCUGGACCGCAUCAGCCCCGAGUCAUUGCCCUCGCAGUCUCACAGCCUGCGCGCCGCCAGCUACUACGUCCAGGGUCUGCACGGCUUCUUCCAGCGCAUGUACAACGACGCCAAGCGGUAUCUGCGGGAGACGCUGAAGAUGGCGAACGCCGAGGAUCUGAACCGUCUGACUUCGUGCUCGUUGGUGCUGCUCGGCAACAUCUUCCUCUCGCUCGGCAACAACCGCGACAGCUUCAACAUGGUCACGCCGGCCAUGCAGCUGGCCAGCAAGAUCCCCGACAUCAACAUCCAGCUGUGGGCGUCGGCCGUGCUCAAAGAUCUGUACCGCUCCUGCGGCGAACACGCCAAGGAGAGCGCCGAGCUCCAGAAGCAGGCCAGCUUCUCGCAGACGCUGGUCAAGGACCAGUUCGCGGCGUCGCGCUCCCCCCAUCACGCUCUGUUGCGCUGGACGGACGGCCCGCUGCCCAGCGAAGCCGGCUCCUCGCAGCCGACGCCGGCUGGCUACGCGGCAUCGGCCAGCCCGGCGGCCGCCGGCGCCUACGGCGUGAUGGACGUACAUCACGGUCGGCACCCGGCGUCGACGGCGGCGGCGCACCACCAUGGCGUGGCGGGUCUGGUGCUGCCGCCGCACGGCGGCGCCGGCUACCCGCAGGCGCAUCAUCACCCGCUGGCCGGCCUUCAGGCCGUCUACCCGCCGGCCGGGCCUGGCAUGAUGUCGCUGCAUCACUACGUUGAAUAG